UCCUCCGGCCAGAGCAACAGAGACACCACCGGGCCACCGGCAUCCUGCCCUGCGCCCCUGCGCCCUUAACCCCCACCCACGACCCCGCCCCACCCAACCCCUGUGCUAAGGGAUUCCGGCGGCGAACGCCGGCGUCGGCUAGACGGGUAACCUGGCCCUGGUCGGGGACGGUGUUCCUUCUCACGCGAGGGAGAGCGCCGGUGCCGUGUCGAGGACUAGAUGGGCUCCCGCGCCUCGCCUCCUCACGACUAUCUUCACAUGCAUGUUGAGCAACUAAGGAGGCGCCAUCAAUCACUAUCGGAACUGCAGACUUAUGCAAGGGAUGAAGAUGCAAAACUUGAGACCACACGGGCAAGGCUAUCAAACAUCCUCAAAAGGCAUGAAGACUUGAAAGAGCGCCUUUCACGGGAUUCUGAUAAGCUGAUAUUUGAGCGUCUACAGAAAGAAUUUGAGGGUGCUCGAGCUGCUCAAACUGAAGAGAUUUCAAUAGAUGAUGAUGACUGGAAUGAUGGUUUGCUGGCUACUAUCCGUGAGAAGGUCCAUAUGGAGGCUGACAGGAAGGCCAUGUCUAACCAAGUAAAUGUUCCAGCAGAUCUUCCAUUACAGUCAAAGACUACGUAUAGGAUUAGAAAUAAGGUUAUCUAUUGCUUGGAUGGAGCGAGAAUUGGCAUACAGUACGAGACAUUCUUUGCCGGGGAGCCUUGUGAAAUAUUUCAUUGUGUUCUGGAAAGCAAGUCAUUCCUGGAAAAGAUGACUUUGAUUGAGCACACCUUACCAUUCUUUCUGCCCAUACGUGAAUUGGAAAGUGAUCUCCUGUCAUCUAAUGCCAUUAAAUUUAUUGAUCACCUUGAAGAAAUUUUACAGGCUUAUAUUGACAGGAGAGAGCAGGUUCGUCUUAUCAAGGAGCUCUAUGGGAAUCAAAUUGGUGAACUGUUUCACAGUCUUCCUUACAAUGUGAUAGAGUUCGUAUUGGAGGAUUUUGAGUGCAAGGUUACAGUCAGUAUCCGAUAUUCGGAUCUACUUCUGACCCUGCCAAGUCAGGCAAGGGUCUUGGCUUGGCCACUUCGCUCGUCAAAGAGAAUAUCCACACGAAGCAGCAGUGCGUCAGCUGCGCAGCCGGUACCUUUUCGCCUUCCAUACGCUGAGGAAGCACUCAAGACCUUGUGUCUACCAGAAGCGUACGCAGACAUUGUGCUGGACCUACCCCAUGCUCUGAAGAGGAUUUUUUCCUCUCAAGACAGUGACUGAAUCUUGUGGAGGAUGCUGAUGAGACCUUAAGGUUUCUAGCUACAACAUGGAAUACUCCGUAGGUGUUUGGGAGCGGAGAACGUCAGCCUGACGAGAACAGUGCAACAAGUUCACAGCUCAUGCCAUAGCUUUGCCGAUUUCUCGGAGCCAGAUCAGAUGCCUUUGUUAUCAUCUUCUGUGAUGUGCGCUGCGUCCUGCGUUUCUACGUUUUCAAAAAGCAUGAGAUUUGUUGCAGUCCAGAUUACUUCUCCUCACGUAUGGGGAUUUUAUGAUUCUUUUUUUUUGGCCUUGAUGGACAUCA